CAAGGCCAGAGUGUCCAUUCGCUAUAUAAACAGAAAGAAAGCCUCCUGCAAAUGCUGUAACGCCAAGGCUCCUCCUCCUCUCAAACACAAAGAAACCCUUUCACAUUUCAUCAUCUUCAUCAUCUCCACCACCCACAAAUCCACUUCUUCUCAGUAUGGAUGAAAAUGAUUCAGUCUCUGAAUUCCUGGAAACUGCUGUUGAAGCAGCUAAGAGCGCUGGCGAGGUUAUCCGCAAAGGAUUUUACCAGACCAAGCAUGUCGAGCACAAAGGCCAGGUUGAUUUAGUCACAGAAACUGAUAAGGCUUGUGAAGAUCUCAUUUUUAAUCAUCUCAAGCACCGCUACCCUACACACAAGUUCAUUGGGGAAGAAACUACUGCUGCCUAUGGUACUACAGAGCUGACCAAUGAACCCACAUGGAUAGUUGAUCCUCUUGAUGGAACAACCAACUUCGUGCAUGGGUUUCCCUUUGUGUGCAUUUCUAUUGGCCUUACAAUUGGAAAGGUUCCCACUGUAGGAGUUGUUUACAACCCAAUCUUGAAUGAGCUUUUCACUGGCAUCCAUGGAAAAGGUGCUUUUCUUAAUGGAAACCCCAUAAAAGUAUCUUCCCAAACGGAGCUUGUGAACUCUCUUCUUGCAACAGAGGCUGGAACAAAACGUGAUAAGGCUACUGUGGAUGCCACUACAUACAGAAUUAAUAGUUUGCUUUUCAAGGUGAGAUCCGUUAGGAUGAGUGGCUCCUGUGCGCUUAAUCUUUGUGGAAUUGCAUGUGGAAGACUCGAUAUAUUUUACGAAACUGGAUUUGGUGGUCCAUGGGAUGUAGCGGGUGGCGUUGUGAUUGUCAAAGAAGCUGGAGGACUUGUUUAUGACCCAUCUGGUGAAGAUUUUGACAUCACCUCUCAGAGAGUGGCAGCUUCAAACCCUCUCCUGAAGGAUGCAUUUGUCCAAGCUUUGCAGCAAUCAGAAUGAGAAAGCAACUAUUAUUUAUAAAAAUUACAAAUUAGUUGCUGUUUAAGAAUUCAGUUCUCAACCUUGCAAACAACUUCUAGCUGUGUCCUAUUAUGACUGUUUAGAAGUGCAGCUAGCUGAUAAUUUGUAAUGGUUCUUCCAAAUGGCUUGUUGCAUUUUAGCAAUGCCAAAUUAUGUGUAGAAUCAAAUCUUGGUAAGAAAAAUGCAUUGUAGCUGAAAUAAUUGCAUGUAUAUGCAAAGUUUGAGUCUUCCCUAA